UUGAGCCUACAGAGAGGAGGGACACAACUCAAAGGCAGAGCAUCAAACGAUGUAAUGUUGGCCAUUUGACGUGUACUGUUCACGAGGAUUUAAUGGUAUUUGGGAUGUGUUAAAUGGUGUAACAUGGCGCCGAAAAUACGCAAAGUCAGCAGAGGCACACCAGAAGACCGGACGAUGAAAGGGUAUGGCAACACUAUAAAUACCGGGAGGACAUCAAACAUGUUCGAUGAGAAGCUUACAACUUCUGAAACAAAGAUUGGAGAUACGCGUCUUUUCAGAACCAGACCGGAAACGGCUUGGCAAUGUGAUGGAGACUCAAAUCAGGUAUGCCUAAACGGAAAAAGGAAGAAGCAAGAAGACAUCACAAAAUUGUUUUGUGUGAAAGACGAGAGGUCUGACAUGAGUAAUGGCAUUAACCUGACUGAGGACAUGCAAUGCGGUUUUGAGAACAAAACACACACGGAAGCAAGGCAGGACCCGGAUCUUGGAUAUUUGUCAUUGAGUGCUAGUCAUAAAAAAAGACUUGUCAAGAUGGAAGACAUCCGUUGGACACUACCUCGUGUCUCGCCUGCAGUGCAAUUUCGCGAUGUAUGGGUCCAGUUGAAGAUAUUUCAAAAUGAAAAACAAGUUGGAAAGGUUGUAACAGCAAAGCAGAGAACAGAUGUAGUAAAUUGUAUAAAGUUUAGAGGUCAACUCAAGACAAAGAUUGAAAGAGAUUGUCCAAAAACCACUGUAUCGCUGUGUGUCUGGACUACCAAAACAUCCAAGAAAUUUUUUAGAAAGCCUGAUAAGUCACUCGGUCGAGUAGACAUAAAACUAGACUCAUUUGACGAAAAGCUGCAAACUAAAAAUAUCUACCUACAUCCAUGUGAGGGAGGUGAAUGGAAGCAGAGUCCUUCAAGUCCAAAACCAGCAACCGUAGUCACAGUUAAGUCAUGUUUCCCCUUUGACAGCCAAUCUGAAGUAAAUGACACUUCGUUGUCUACUCGAGUUAAAUCGCCUAAUGUCCCAAAGACUACAACAUCAAGGGAACAAAACGUUAUCAGCUCUGCCGUGCCUAACUUGAUCGACAUUGGUAAAGCAGGCAAUUCUUCAAAAAGGUCGACAAAUAACCACAGCACAACGCAUUGUUCCACUGGUGAGUUUUUUCAUACGGCUUUAUCAUCCGGAAAGCCUUAUGUUAGGAAAAGCGUCGACAACAUAAAUACCUGCAAUACAAAAGGAAAAGCACCAGAAGUUAAGACCAAUUAUCGAAGCACCAAAGAAGGAUUCACCGAAAACAGAACUCGACAUCUGAAUAUUAAAAAUAUUUCUGAAAAAAGCAAGUAUGGCAUAUGUAAAGAUAUAUAUGCUGAGGACAAGCAGCAAAAGCAAGAUAAACCUCCAAAAUAUACUGCGAGAGAAAAUGGAAGCACAGCAACAGCCGCUGAAGAUGAACCACAUCGUCAUUUAAUAAAAGAAACAGUUACAACUACAAAAGAGACGCAGAGCGGAAAGAUUCAUGAGAACGACCACAGAAACAGUCGAAUACAUGAUAUAAACAAAGAAGGUCCUUCUCUUCAACACCAGCAAAUGGAACAAAAACUGAUAAAGCAGUCGAUUAAUGAAGCAAUACUUUAUAAUCAUCCACAAACAGCUAGAAUCUCCAGAACAUCGGAGGUUGGUAACAAAACAUCGGAAGAAGCCGAUUCAAGAAAAAUGAAGUGGCAAACAAGUAUAAAUUCGACACAAAAUACAGCGAAAGAGUCCGGCGACCAUGAGAAAAAGAGUGGUAACCUCUGUACUAACACCGAUAUUGAGCUCCACGAGAUCAAGACACAAGAAACUCAGAGCGGAAACAAUGAUCGGAAUGAACAAAGAACGGAACCAAAAGCAUUCAGAGAGCAAACGAUUGAUGUAGAAAAACUUUGCAUGCAACCACAAACAACGAGCAACUCGAAAGCAUCGAAGUUAGAAGAGGUCGAAUCCGAGAAAAGUAACUUACAAACAAGCACAUACUCUACAAAAAACACAGAGCACGAAUCCAGCUUCCAAAACAAGAACAGUGGUAACACAGCUGGCAAUAGAGAAAAAGACCUCACCAUGGGCAAGUCAACAGAAGCCGAAUCCCGGAACAUUAACAUGCAGACAAGUAGGUAUUCGUCACGAAAUACAGAUAAAAAGCCUGGUAACACAGCUGGUAGUGAAAAUGAGCUCAGCAUGACCAAGACAAAAGAGACGCAGGGCGGAAAGAUUGAUGGACAAGGCCACGGAAACAAACGAAAACAUCACGAUGAACAUAAUGAAGGAGUUCCUUUUCAACACCAGCAUACGGGACCAAAAGCAUCAGAAGUAGCCGAAUCCUUGAACAUAUACUCGCCCAAAAGAACAUCUUUGAGUCAAAACAAAGAGGAACGAUCUGGCGACAAAAGCAGAAUUCACAGAACGGGUAUUGCAAACCUCGGAAACACUUGUUAUGCGAACAGUGUCCUCCAGGUCCUCGGAAAAACGCCUCAGCUAAGUAAAUGUUUAGGAGGAAACCCCACAAGGAGUGCAUCCCUUUUAAAAGCAAUUGUGGACGAACUGAAUACAGACGACGGUCAAGUCAACAGUCAAAACGUCCGUUGUUUGCUCCGUUAUGUUUUCAAUAGGGACGACUCAUUCGUUUUGGGACACCAGAAUGACAGUCAUGCAUUUCUUCUUUCCCUACUUGACUGUGUAAACAACGAUUCAGUUGUAGAUACAUGCCGACUGUUUAGUGGCAAGAUGACGAGUCGUUUCACGUACAACACGUGCAAACACGUGGAGUAUUCAGGCGAACAACUCUUUUACAGUCUACUGAUGCCAAUUAAUAACACACAUACGUUGGAUGAUUGCAUUAAUGCAUACUGCGAGGAGGAACAUUUCCCUGACAACCUCCUUUGUUGUCGAGAGUGCCAUGAAACUAAAGCUGACACAGUUACAUCCAAGAAGUUUGUUUUCACAAAACUUCCCGAAGUAUUAGUCCUACAAAUGGGCCGAUUUGAAGAGCACAUGGAAUCCCAUGGGACGAUUAUACGGAAAAAAACCACAAGGAUCAGUUUUGAAGAAAAGAUUCAUUUUGACCUAGAGAAAAUAGAGGAAUCUGGGAAAAAUACAAAGUCCACUUCAAACAAGACAAGAUACUCCUAUGAGUUGUAUGGUGUUGUCAACCAUUACGGAAGUAUGGCAGGUGGUCAUUACACAGCAACUGUCAAAAUGGAACGAACUGACCGCUGGUACUUCUGUAGUGACACUUGCGUUAGAUCGGGCUCUAGCCCAGCUAAAAAAAUGGAUGGGGGAGCAUACCUGCUCUUCUAUCAUUUACAUCAUGUACUGUAGAGAAUAAUGAUAGUGAUGUUUAGAAAGUUUAUUGAUAUAAGUUCUUAGAUUCUACUUGUUUAACGGAGCUAGAUAUAUUCAAUUAUAAUCAAGUUCAAGUUCUUUAUUAAAACAUUCUACUCUUCGUCUAUUUACUUUAAUGCUUGAUAUAUAAAGGAAAGCAUUUGGAAAACGAAAUUUUAUUUAUGUAUUGAUUUACAUACUCACCUUUUACAUUUUACCAGUCACAAGAGAAGGUUUGGUUACAUAAAUCAAAUAAACAGAAUAAUGAUUAGUUCUUUUAAACAAUAUACGAAACGGAAGAACUGAAAUAUAAGCUUUCUGCGUCGAAAAGCCAAUGACGUCAUUAAAUAGCAAUGAUUGAUGACGUCACAACAAAGCUUCGUAAAAUAGUACGUCACAGCACGUCACAACUAUCUCUCUCCACUCCCCACUUUAACAUUCCAAACAGAUAUUCAGACCCCUAUCAAAGUCACCAACAAAAUUAAUAAAUCUCAAACACUAAUUUUGUCGUACUCUAUAUUGCAAGAUAUUCCAAUUUGUUGGUACUUAAUGGUUGAUAGGAUAUUAGUUUGCUUUCCCAUAACACUGUUCUUUCUUUGAAGGUCACGUUUUAUGUAUAGAAUUGUAUUGCAACUAUGUCACAUCUUUAUUAUAUUACUGUAGUGUAACAGGGUCAUGUCUUUAUAUAUAGUUCUGUAGUGUAACUGGGUCGUGUCUUUAUAAAUAGUACUAUGGUGUAACUGGGUCAUGUCUUUAUAUAUAUUACUGUAGUGUUACUUGGUAACAUCUUUAUAUAUAUUACUGUAGUGUAACUUCGUCACAUCUUUAUAUAUCUUACUGCAGUCUAACUGGGUCGUUUAAUUACAAAUCUUUAUAUAAAUUGCUGUUGUGUAACUGGGUCAUGUUUUUAUGUAUAGUACUGUAUUGUAACUGGGUCAUAUUUAUAUAUAAAUAACUGUAGUGUAACUGGGUCAUGUCUUUAUAUAUAUAACUGUAGUGUAACUGGGUCACAUAUUUAUACAUAUAACUGUAGUGUAACUGGGUCACAUCUUUAUGUAUAGUACUGUAGUGUGACUUGGUCACAUUUUUAUAUAAAUAACUGUAGUGUAACUGGGUCACAUCUUUAUAUAUAUUACUGUAGUGUAACUGGGUCACAUCUUUAUGUAUAUAUCUGUAGUGUAACUGGGUCAUGUCUUUAUGUAUAGUACUGUAGUGUAACCUGAUCACAUCUUUAUAUAUAUUACUGCCGUCAGGUCUAUCAAGCAACACUAAUUAUGUAUAAGCGGUAACAAAUAGGCAAUGUAUUAUAAUAUUUAGCUGAUUCAUCAGACAGAGAAGUUCGGAAUCAUUUCGCCAUACCAUUUUGUAUAUAGCAGGUAGAAUUAGAAAGGACUAGAUAAAGUAAUUAGUGAGUAUCAAAAGUGAUGUCUCCAACGCCCAUAUUAAUAGGGAAAUACGUGAUAAGGUUAUGACAUUAAAAAAUACACCGGAUAUGUAAUUAUCAAAGGUUCUGGUAUAUUAACGCAUGAGAGAUUCAGGGAAAUCAUUUGUAUUAAUUUGUAAAUGGGUUGUGUGACUUGGAUGCAUGUAUGAAUUAGCGAACGAAAAUGUAAAGCACAUGUGUAUGUUUACACAUAUGUAUUUAAUAGGUUGGUUAGCAAUGUUUGUAUAUUUAUGAAUUGGCCUAUGAAAAUGCACACAUUAGACAGCAUUGAUGACAAGGACAACGGCGAUGCUGCUGCUGCUGCUGCUGCUGAUGAUGAUGAUAU